AUGGACGACGACAACGAUCUUAAUUGGGCGGAUGUUGUUGCCAUAAAUCUGGGAUUUAUUUUGGUUAAAUCGUCUUACAACAAAAUCAGAGAUGGUCGACCGUAUCGAUAUUUGAGAUGUGAUCAGGGACGAAAGAGCAAGCCGAGAGAUCUUGAGAACGCAAUUCGGAAGGACACAAAAACCAAAACUAAUGGUUGUCCUUUAUACAUCAAGAUAUAUUAUGAGUUCGUCACCGAUAGUUGGAAGAUUCGGGCAAAAAAUGAUGCAAAUGGGACCCAUAACCGUCCAAUGAUUGUGUAUCAGGAGGGUCAUCGUAAAAUUAGUAACUUGAGCCAGGAUGCGAAGAAGGUUGUGCGUGACAUGACAAAGUCUAAGGUUGCACCGCGUAACAUCAUGGCGACGAUUGCAGAGCAAUUUUCUGAUGAUCAUCCAAACAUCAGACAUAUUUACAAUUGCCGGAAUGACUUGAAAACGGAGAUGUCUGAUGGGAGAGGAGUUGUUCAGCAAUUUCUUCAUUUGGCGAGACAAACCCACAUGUGA